AUGGCCCAGCAUAAGACAAAUAAAAUCUUACUGAUUAAAGCUAUGCAAAUUUCCAAAUUGAAAUAUUAUAAUAAUGAAAGCCAAGAUAAUUUUUUAUCAACUCUUCAGAAAUUCCAAGCUAAAUCAGUACAAGACGAAUAUUUAGUAUAUGAUGAUCAGAAACUUAUUCCUCGCUUAAUAAGUGAAAGCUUGUUAACCUUUUUUCAGAAUGAGUACGAGUUCAAUGAAUUUCUUAUUGCGUUAAUAAUUAAUUUACUAUCCUUUGAGAGAGGCAUAAUAUACAAUAUAUACUCCAAAGAUACUGAUUCGAAAUAUUCUGAUAUGCAGAAUAUCAUGGAAUUUUUAUUUGAUGCAUUCCUAAACUAUAAUGAUAUGAUUAAUGAACACAAUGAUAGAAAAUACCUAACUAUGAAUAGUGCAACGACUUCAAAAAAUGAUCAACACGAAUACCUUAGACCCACUGCAAUAUUUUUGGAAAGACUAUCACCUUUAGAGUGCAAUAUUGUCACUUCAAGUGUAAAUCAUGGAUCACUAAAAAUGAAUAUGAAUUGCUUCCAAAACCUUUUCAUUAAUAUGUACUACUGUAUUAAAAUUAGAAAUAUAAUAGCGUAA